AUGAAGGGAGGUAGUGAAUGGUCCCCCUGCCUUCAAGUCCUGGGUGGACAAAGGGGCUUACGAAGAGAAAGAAGGAACAUGGCCAGUGGAAAUGGACUUCCUGCGUCCUUGGCCCUCAUGGCCAAGCGCCCCUCUGCCCUGGGCCCAUUUCCCAGGUACAUUUGGAUUCACCAGGAUACACCCCAAGACAGCUUAGACAAGACUUGCCAUGAAAUCUGGAAGAGGGUUCAGGGCCUGCCUGAAGCCUUGAAGCCCAGGACCUGGACAGAGCAGCUUACUGCCCCCUUGGCUGGGAUGCCAAAGGACAACGGGCUUGGCUUCCAUGAAGAAGCAAAGGAACUCAGUAGCAGCAAAGAUGAGAUCUCCUUGCUGGUGGAGCAGGAGUUCCUGAGCCUCGCCAAAGAGAACCUCAUCUUGGUCAGAGAGAGCUCAGCUGAGUUGGAGGCACUUGGUGGCUCACCUGAGGGGAAGAGAGAGCCAACACCCUGCAUUUUGGGCCCUUCUCUGGCAGCAGACAGCACCGAGCUCCCAGGACUCUCCAUCAUCCCCAGCGACAAGUUUCUGGAACGGAAGGUGACCAUGUCUGUAAUUGGCAGCCGACAGAACUGCGACUCAGCCAUGUCUACGGUCACAGGCAUCCUGCGCUCUGCCAAGGUCAAGAGUGCUAAGGGGACAGAAGAUGGGGGUCACAGUCUGGGUACCUCCAACUCAGAGAUCAGCAAGCUUCUAGCCCAGUUCCCUCUGAAGCCCAUGGAAAAGAAGACCUCUGACAACAAGAUGGUUCUAGAGGAGACGAGGGUCAUCAAAGACUUCCUGCAGAACAGCAUGUUCAGUGGUACUGGACCCAGGGAGCCAACAGGGCUGGGACCAUUUCUGCUGUUGCCACCCCCACCUCUUCUUGCACCCCUGGAUAAGCUCCCUGAUCAGAAGAGGCAGCUCCCAGUGUUUGCCAAGAUCUGUUCUAAACCCGAGGCAAACCCCAUGACGGAGGAGCACCAUUUGAUGGAACGGAACCCUAGCACCAAAGAGCCGACCAAGGGUCGAGAGAGCCUCUUCCUCAGUCAGUGGCCCCAGAGCCGGAAGGAUAGCUGUGCUGAGGAAGGGUGUAGUGAUCCCGUGGGCACCAUGUCCGUGGCCCUGCCACCCAAGAAGCCUGCCUGGUCAGCAGAAAAGAACCUGCUCUAUGAGUUCCUUGGGGCCACCAAGAACCCCAGUGGGCAGCUGAGGCUUCGCAGCAAAGUGGAGAUGGAUGCACUGGAGCUGAAACUUAACCCACCUGUAACAGUGGCAGACAAGAACAGCAAGUACACAGGGAAUGUGUUCACCCCACGCUUUGCCACAGCUUUGACCUCAGCAGCCCUGAACCAGCCACUCUGGCUCAACCUGAACUACCCACCUCCGCCAAUGUUCACAAAUCACUCCGCCUUCCCACAGUAUCAGGGUGUGUUCCCACAGAGAGCCACGAGGAUGCCCUACCAGCAGACCCUGCACCCUCAGCUAGGGUGCUACUCACGACAGGUGACGCCAUUCAAUCCACAGCAGAUGGGACAGCAGAUUUUCCGAUCUUCCUUUACCCCCUUGCUUAGCUACAUCCCCUUUGUCCAGCCCAACUACUCAUAUCCUCAGAGGACUCCUACCAAGCUGUCUGCCAACCCCCGAGAUCCUUCUCCCAUGGCAGGAGAUGGGCCACAGUACCUCUUCCCCCAGGCAUAUGGGUUCAGCUCAACAUCUGGUGGACCACUGAUUAACAGCCCCUAUUUUUCCCCCAGUGGGAAUGGCAUAAAUUUCUAG